AUGGUUCUUUGGUACGGGUUCCUUACUAUUGAGACAACUCAAGCUAAUUACAGUAGUGAACAACAACAACAACGAAAAAGAAAACAGAUAAAUAAAUGUUCGACAUUCGAUAAUAUAUAUGACAACAACAGAAAAACAAAAAUUUUUAAAUCAGCUAUAUCGACAUUAUCGACAUUGUCAUCGUCGUCAUCAUCAUCAACAAAUUCAUGGAUUUAUACAGAAGAAUUAAAAAAACGUUUUGAAGAACGAUAUCUAAUAUUAGAUGAUUUACAAUCAUUUUCCACUUGUCCAUACAUCAUUAUUCCGGUUUAUUGUGAACGAAUAAAAUUAAAAACAACAUCAACGAAACAAAAUUCAUGGAUUUAUACAAAAUCAUUGCGUGAACAAUUAGUCACUAAACAACAAUUAUUUAAUAAUAGACAUAGUUUAUUAUCGUUAUUCGAUGCAGACAAUUCGACAUAUUGUACGAAUCAUGGUUAUAACAAUGAUCGAGAUGAUUGCUCCUCAACCAAAGUUAAAAAGAGUAGAACAUCAUUUUUUCGAACUUCGAUGCCAAAUCUUUCUUUUUGGACACGUAAAAAAGGAGUGAUGCUGAAUAGAAAGUUAACGGAAGAUCUAGUUGAAGAAGAAAAUGAAGAUGCAACAAAUACAGAAGUCUCAUUACCAUUGAUAGAAAAUUUGUCAUUAACAACAACAAUGUCACAUUUACCAUUACCAGUAUUUAAACAACCGUCAAAAAUGACAUGUUUACGUAAAUUAUUUUUUAAAUCAUUGUUAGGAUCGAAAUCAAAACAAGAUAAUCAAACCAUCAUAACAUAA